UGUCAACAAUGUCACACUUCGUCCAUCAGUUAGUAAUUUCCGGCAAAGGACGGCCAUCGUUCUUUUCUGACGGUUCUGAAGCAUGCCGUUCCAGAGGUUUGUGGAAACUGGCCGUGUGGCUGUUGUGUCUGACGGCCCAAAUAAAGGCAAACUAGUUAGUAUCGUUGAUGUUAUUGACCAAACAAGGGUUUUAGUUGAUGGCCCGGAAACAGGUGUUCCUAGGGGUCAAAUCAGGUUGAGUCAGUUGCAUUUAACAAAAUUCCGCAUCAGAUUUCCUUAUGCAGCAUCAACACGUGUAGUUAGGAAAGCUUGGAAUGAUGAAAAAAUCAAUGAAAAAUGGACUGAAUCAGUUUGGGCCAAAAAAGUUGCCUCCAAAGAAAAGCGUCUGCAACUCACCGACUUUGACAGAUUCAAGCUGCGCAGAGCGCGCUCGCGCAGGAAUCACAUCCGUACAGCGACUUUCCUUUGUCUGAGGAAGGCAGCCUCCAGAAACGGAACGUUGUAUGGCAAGAAGAGGAUGGCCAAAGGCGGCGACAAGCCGAGGCCAGGAGGCAAGGCGAAGCCCCAGAAGGCCCCCAAGAAGAAGUAGAUUGUAGGUUGAGGAGGAAUAAUUAUAAAAAUAUUUUUACCUCCCGGAGUUUUAUUUUAUUUGUCCUUUAACCCUUUAGGUCACCAUGGUCGUUAAAACGAACAUGUACUUCUCGUGCUAAUAGUAAUUUGAGGCGACAUUCAAUGACUGAUAUAGGUAGCGCCAUCUCUGGGGAUAUUAUACAAGUUUCGCUUACUCAACUUCUGUGUCAGCUGUUAUUGUUCAUGAACACAUUUCUCGUGUUUGUUUUGAUAAAAUAGUAAGUGAAUUUGAGUUCCAAAAUUUAUUUUUUAAUGCCUCAUAUGUUCAUUAUAAUAUAUAGAAAACCAAAU